AUGUUUCGGCUAUAUUUUCUUUGUUUCAUUUCUUUUGUGUUGGCGAAUGAGGGCGUAACAAUCGUCCGACACUAUGGGGACCUCUUAGUAACUACUUGUCCAGUCGGUGGUGAAAACCUCACAUACACAGUUGACUUUCCUAAGACCAACGUCAUCAGCAAAACCCAAAGUAACGUAACCAGCCCUGACAUUGAUGAAAAAUCCGAAGCUGCAGAGAGUUCUGCUGAAGACAGUGAGAAAAACGAUACCACACAAUCUACUGGAGGAGCAGAUAGUUCUGCUAAAGAAGAAAGCGAAGAAACGCUUGAUCGCAAAGCCGGCAAAGAAAGAACUGAGGAUCGAGACAACUCAGAUGCUCCAAAAAAGAACGACGAUUCUGACAUACCUGAUAAGGACGAUGUAGCAGAAAAGCCAGUGGAUUCCGAAAGCAAAGAUGAGUCCAGUCCUGACAGUUCUGCAAGCAGUGAAGAAUCCGAAAAAGCAAGCGGUCAAGACAGCACAGCAUCCAAAGAUGACGCUAAAGAAGAAAAGUAUCAAGGCGAGGACAAGCAGGUAGAAAACACAGAGGAGAAUUCAGAUGUUGUUGUUGUAGAAGACGAUCCUGAAGACAAUGAACCUGAAGAUGCCCCUGCUGCUGAUGACAAAACGCAAGGUAGCAAAUCUGUGGCUGAAGAUACUUCUGAAGAAGACCGUGAUGAGAAAGAGGUAAAAUCUGAAACUGAGGAUGCUGCGGAUGACAAAGAAACAACUGAAACUGACCAAACUGAAGAUGUUAAAGAAAACCCUGAUACUGAAGAUGCUGCAGAUGAUCAAGAAAAGUCUGAAAAUGAGGAUGAUGAGGUAAAACCUGGCACUAGGGAUGAUAAAAUAAAGACAGAAACUAGCGAAACUGUGGAUGAUAAAAAGACGAGAGAAAAUGAGGAAACAGCAGAUGAUAAUGAACAGUCUGAUAAUAAAGAUAUAGCAGACGAUAAGGCAAGGUCUGAAACUGAAGAAACAGGGGAUAAUAAAGGAGAGUUUGAAACCGACGAAACUUCUGAUGAUAAGGAAAAAUCCGAAACUGAUGAUAAAGGCGAAUCUGAAACUGAAAAAGAACAGAAUGCAAGCAAAUCGGUUUCCCAAGACGAACAGCAAAAAGAGCAAAACGCUCAAAGUGAGGGUAAGACCACAGAAGAACUGUCUGAAGAAGAAACUAAUGAUACAAAUGAAGGCAGCGAGGAAGAUAAAGAUAGUAACAUUCAAAAAGAUUCCGGGAAUAUUGACAGCGAGGGAGUUACUAAGGAUGAAGAUCAGACAAACCGUGGCGACACACGGCGGCCUGCUGAUGACGAGAAGAACACAGGGGAUGCAGAUGCAGUUGAAGAAUCUGAAGAAAAUGAAGCUACUUCUAAAACCGAAGGCGAUAAGGACAAUUCUGACGCUGCAAGAGAUCGUGAAGAAAAUAACUCCGAGGAUCAAGACAGUGAAGAUGAUCCUGAAGAAUCUGAAGAAGACGAGGAUUAG